UGUCCUUGACAGCUUACGCUUCCUUGUGACCCCCACCCACCACCUUCAUCGAAUUGACUAUUUUGGUGUAACUUUAUUAUGAUUUUGCAUAACGGGUCUCUCUUAAUAUUUAAAAUCAGUAUAGUCCGUUGAUUUAACAACCCACCCAGGCACAUUUUUACGCCUUUACCGCAUACCAGAACCAGACCACGAUUCCAAUCUUUUUUUUUUUCUUCCUUUAACGCUUGUAAUAGAUAUCACCUGAGACACGAACCAACGAACCAUCAAGCUUCGCCUCCAAAGAUCUUGUAUUUUGUAUUUUCUUUCCAUCAGGUCCAUUCAGAAAUGAAUUCCAACAACUUCAAUUUCGAUUUCGAUCUCGGCAUCGGAUCCAACCGCCCCAAAUCCCUAAACGAUCAGAAAAACCCCAAACCUUCCUAUUCCACCUAUUCCACCACCACCACCUCCUCCUCCUCCUAUUCCUCAGCGCAACCCAGGAAACAGCCCUCAUGGACCCACCAACCCCUCCCCACUCAGACCACCGCGCUCCCGGGUGGCUCCCCCUCCAUGGUCGGAGACAUCUUCGGCAAGAGUUGGGGAACCACUCAACCACCUUCUUCGGCUUCCACCAUUGGGAUCGUUAAUAAGAACCCAAACCUCUUCGGAGAUUUGGUAAGCUCUGCUUUGGGCCAGGGUUCUAAGACCUCUUCCACCAACGUUCCUCUCAAAAAUGCUACUUCCAAGGUCUCAUCAGCUCCCACCUCCAAUAAAACCUCCUUUUCCAUGGGAAACAUGGCUGAUUCUUUGCCCAAAACUGCUUCCACGCCACAAACCACCGCUAGUUGGGCAUCUUCUGGGACUUUUAGUAUGAACAAUACCAAUAAAACCCCCAAUCUAGGGGGUCCUUCAUUGCGUAGUACUGCAACAGGAACCAGUUCUGUUAACAACGAUCCUUUUAGCUCAUUGUCUGGUAUUGGAUCCAACCAAUCUGCUUCUCUUAAUUCAUCUGCUAAGGGGCAAAAGGCUGCUUUAGGGGAUGAUGGUUUUGGAGAUUUUAAAAGUGCUUCCACCGCGUUUCCAUCAACUGCUUCCCCCGGAAUUGAUUUCAAUUUUACUGGAUCUGCUGCUUCCAAUCAGACUCCUCCUGUUCAGGCAUCAGGUGGUGGUGAUCCAACGGACAUGUUUUUCGCGCCGGCUUCGUCGGCCUCGGGUGGUGGUGGUGGUGGUGCUGCUGCUGCUGCGCCCUCUGAUGGAUUUGGAGGACAGGAUGAUUGGGGGUUGGAUUCUGAGUUUGGUGGGGGAGGGCAUGAUGUGGGUGGUGCCACUACUGAGCUUGAUGGGCUGCCUCCUCCUCCUGCUGGGGUAUCAGGCUCCACUGCCAAAGGCAAGGGGAUGGACAAUUACAAGCAGGGACAGUUUGCUGAUGCUAUUAAGUGGUUUUCAUGGGCCGUCAUCCUUCUAGAGAAAGCUGGGGAUAGUGCAGCCACAUUCGAGGUUUUGUCGUGCCGGGCUUCGUGUUACAAGGAAGUUGGGGAGUAUAAAAAGGCAGUGGCAGAUUGUACAAAGGUUCUUGAAAAUGAUGAAACCAAUGUGUCUGUCCUGGUACAGCGUGCUCUCUUGUACGAGAGUAUGGAAAAGUACAGACUUGGUGCUGAAGACCUCAGAACUGUGCUGAAGAUUGAUCCUGGUAAUAGGAUUGCUAGAAGCACUGUUCACCGGCUGGCCAAGAUGGCUGAAUAGGAAUUCUUUUGUCAUUGUCUUUUUCCUUCAAUUAUUAUGCUAUAUAGGUUUUUACAUCACUUACAGCCCCCAUUUCCUUUGCCGUGAUAGUUAGGGGGUCAUACGUAUGGACUGCUUUUCAUUGCUGUCAUCCUUCAUAUGAUAUGUGAUCAGUGAUGUAUGGUUUAUUUCAUUCUGGUUAUGUCCUCAAAUUAAUUUUCUCGUUUCCUUCGACCCACAUUUGAACUUAAUAGAAUUGCCAUAUUCUUUUUCUAUUAUGUUCUCUCGUGUUUGGAUUGUUUGCAUAUUGAGAAAAACAUUUGUUAUUUCUUAAAAUUAUAAAUAGAAUGUAUUCCUGUUA